AUGACCGUGGCCCCCAGCGGAGAGCCACUUCCUUCCCGCAAACUUCCCACACUUUAUCGGACAGUUCCAGCAACGCCACCCACGCUCACCAGCACUGCCACCACGUUUCUUGGUUCUCGGCGCGCAGGGGUGGAAUCAGCCAGCUCUGCAUCUGAUUGUUGGGGCCUAUCUGCUACGAGUUGGGCAUCCUUGCCUGCGAGAAACGAGGCAGAGCUUUCUCGUCUAGAAAAGGGUGUGAUUCCAUUUCGGCGGUCGCAGGGCAUUUGGGAGCAAGCGAUGCCUCUUCUACCACCGUCGCCAGUGCGGAAGAAGAUUUCCCAACGACCAAAGUAUGAUGUGCCACUUCUGGAUCUCCGUGACGUGUCGUGGUGUUCCAUCGGAGAUGAUACGCCAAUGGAGCCGCAAAGCCCACAGAGUUCUUGUCUUGAUCACGCGGCUAGUGUCACAUCCAUACCGGGUCGGCUGGCGACCUUGGAAUGUGGCAAUGGUAAAGCCGUCUCGCAGGAUCGAAGACUCUGUCCUGGCUUCGGGUACAAGCGAAGACCGCGGAUGCUUGUGGGCGCCUCGAAGACCGCACGAGAGACGCGGAGUCGGGAAAAGCUGCUGCCGAUCGCUCCAAAAGCAAACAGGAGCUUCUUUUCAAGUUCCACGGCUGUGUCCAAGGAACGUGUGGUGUGUAUCCGGAAAACUAAAGUCAAGCUCAGUCUCUCUGGCUCCAGGCGGAGUGUGCUUGCGGAGCCGGAGGUAUCAUGGAGCUAUCCGCGUCUCAAAGGCCGCGAUGGCAGCGCAUCAGAGGUCGGGGAGAACGUUGAGGACGACCGUCCACUUCCUCCCGUCGCAGGCGUCGAAGCCGCUGGCCAUUCUUUCGUGUCCGUGUCUUCGAUGCCACAUCACUCAGAAGCAGGCCAUUAUGGAGGCCAUGGUGGAGCUCCGGACGGUCUGGGCCUGCUGAGUCCCAGCGGCUCCUUCCAGCCGCCCGGGUCCGGCUCAGGCACGAGAGGCGGCCCCUUGAAGGACGACAGCACUCGGCUGAGCAGCGGCCUGGAUGGGCCGCCAGCAGCGCAAUCGACAGCUCGAGCCUCCAUGAUCACGAAGGAUCAUGUGCGGGCUGAAGUCUUCGGCAAGCUUCAAGAGCAAGGACAAGUGUUCUGCGACGAGCUGCCUCGCGGCUUGGAGCUCUGUGGCUUCGUCGGUAUCAAGAAGGAAUGGGUUCAGUCAGAGCGUGACAAGGUGACCAAGUCCGCCACUAUGGAGCUGGAAGAGUUCCUGGAGUUCGUGAAAGGCUACGAGGUCCUUCAAGAGAAGGCUCACAAGGAUGCCUUCCUG